UCUCCAAGUUUGACAGUUGAUGAGAGCAGAGAUUUACGUGCAUUUGGCAAACGAAUAGAAAAUAAUAAAAAAAGAAAGAUAUAAAAACUAAAUAAAUUCCUAUUAAUAUUAUUAUUGUAUUUAGAAUAAUUAAUGACUUAAACUAUUUUUUGUUUUGUUAACAAAUACCAUUACCUUAAUUACGCAAAACGAAACAAGAAAAGAAGACAGAACCGACAGCAGUGCAAGCAAAGUUGUGUCAAGUGAAAGCUACCAAAGAGAGCAAGUGUAAACGGCAGCAAGCAUUUUUUUGUGUUGUUAGGUUGGUGUGGUGGUGAUCCAAGCGAGCGGACAAUUAGACUUCAUCCGCCUGACCCCCACUGUGUAAACAAAUUGCAAGUUCGAGUGGACUCUGGGUGUCCUUUUGCCUAAAAGUGGAGCGCAAGAAAUACAAGACUGCCGCAACGACGACGUAAAGCUUGCCCAGAAAAUGCCUUGUUGGUAUUAUGACAAGAGCGAGCUGCGUGACACUCCUUCAAUACGUGAUGGCAUUCCAUUGGAAACGGAGAGGCGUUAUCGCAAAGAGGGCGCCCGUUUCAUUAUGACCUGUGGCACACAGAUGGGUUUGGGCCACAACACCAUGGCCACGGGUGUGGUGUAUUUCCAUCGUUUCUAUAUGUUCCAGUCCUUCAAACAGUUUCCACGUUAUGUGACAGCAUGUUGCUGCCUCUUGCUGGCCGGCAAAGUGGAGGAGACACCAAAGAAAUGUCGAGAUAUUAUACUAAUAGCACGUCAGUUACUGUCCGAUAAUCAUUUCUAUUCGUUUGGCAAAGAACCCAAAGAGGAAGUCAUAACCCUGGAACGGAUUCUAUUGCAAACCAUUAAGUUUGAUCUGCAGGUGGAACACCCCUAUUCCUUUCUGCUCCGCUAUGCCAAAUGUUUCAAGGGCGAUCAACAGAAGUUACAAAAAAUGGUACAAAUGGCCUGGAAUUUUGUCAACGAUUCGCUGAGUACGGUUGUGUGUCUGCAAUGGGAGCCGGAAAUUAUUGCGGUGGCCCUAAUCUAUUUGGCCAGUAAAUUGAGUAAAUUUACGGUAACCGAUUGGAUAGGUCGCCAGCCGCAUCACACCCGCUGGUGGGAUAUGUUUGUUUCCGACGUCACCAUGGACAUUUUGGAAGACAUAUGCCAUCAGGUGCUGGAUUUGUAUCAAAGCAAUUCCAAAGAGACCACAGAAAGCAAUAGUCCACCACAGAAACCACCAAGUAGGGCGGAUAGUCCUACACCCAUGAAAUCGGCGCUGACCUCAGCGGCAAAUCAUGCUGGGUCACCGGCGGGCAAAACGAAACCACCACCAACAACAGCACCGACGGCCGCAGCGAAUUCAGUGUCAAAUGAUCUAAAUAAUGCACAAAAUAUUAAACCCAUACCGACCAUUGCCUCUAGCAUACCAACUGUACCUCCUGCCUCCAUUGAUCAUCAUGCAGCGCCACCACCACAUGGUGUGGCAGCAGCUUCCUCCGGUUACCAUCAUCCCCCGCAUCAUCAUCAUCAUGCGGCGGCCACCGCCUCUUCCCAUCACAUGUACACUGCCAUGCCUCCCAUGGCGGGACACCAUCCAAUGCAUGCCAUGUAUGCCCAGGGUGCACCCAUGCCACCAGCAUCAGGUUAUCCUCCGCAUGUACCCAGUGUGGCUGGGCCCAAUGCAGCGGCGGGUGUUAUACCACCACCUUUGCCACCUCCACCCCAACCCAUGGUGCCAUAUUGUGCACCAUCUUCAUAUGGUGGUCCGGCCCACUAUGCCAGUGUACCGCCCAUGCCGCCGGGAGCUGCCAAUGCCAGUGGAGGAGUACCUCCACCGCCUCCACCCGGUGUUGACUCGCAACCACCCAUCUCGUCGAGUAGAGGAGGUGGUAAUUACUAUCAGCCCCCACCCCCCGGUAGUUAUCCCAGUCGGCAAAGAUACUAAAACUUAAAAAAAGGCUGUCUUUUUGUACUACUCCUACUCCUCAUCCUCCUACGCUGCCGCCGCCGAUGAUCACCCAAAAACCUACGAUAAUGAUGAUGAUUUUUGAGUGAGGUAUGGAAUUUGUUGUAAUUAUUUUUUUUAAUAUUAUUUUGUAAUUUUCUUUUCCUUGUAACAAAAACAAAACGAAACAAAAAAAUAGCAAAGACAAUUUAUUUCAAAUAUAGGAAACAUAAAGGAAUGAAACAAACAAAAACAAAACAAAAAAAUAUCAAGAUUAAUUUAAGAGAAUUUAGUUUUUUAUAUAAUAUAAACAAAAAAAGAAAACAAAAACAAAACCAAGCAAAAGUUAUUUAAAAAUAAAACUGUAAUAAAGGAACCAUUAAUAUUUUUUCAAAAAUAUUCAAACACAAAAAACGAAAGAACAAAUUAAAAAUGAACGAAGAAGAAAAACAAAAGACAA